AUGAUGAAAGAAUUCCCGGAUGUGAAAGAAGUUGAGGCCAUGAGAAAAAUUGUUGGAAGAUAUGGAAUUACGGGUAGAGAACAGGUGAGAAAUUGCGGGGUUUUGUAGGGAAAAAUUAGAAAAAAACUACAUAUUCCUGAAAUUUAUAAAGAAGAAUUUAUGGCGCAAAUUGAAUUUUUAUACAGAAAAUUGAUUUUAAAUUUCUUUUCUGAGAAUUUCGAAUUAGACUCGAUUUUCUGUCAAUUCUUGCACUACAUGACAAUAUUAAUUUUUUAAUAUUAUAAAAAUGAACUUUUUCCAAACAAUUGAAAAUUUCAACCAAUAUUCAGCCAUUUAUCAAUAUUUUUCCUUCUAGGUUUGCCCAAUGAAACAAUUAUCUGACGGUCAACGUUGUCGUGUUUCAUUUGCUUGGUUAGCCUGGCAACAACCACAUUUAUUGUUACUUGAUGAACCUACAAAUCACUUGGAUAUGGAAUCGAUUGAUGCAUUGGCUGAAGCGAUUAAUUGUUUCUCUGGUGGAUUGAUUUUGGUUUCUCACGAUUUCCGACUUGUAUCGCAGGUUUGUCAUUUAAUUUUGAACUUGAAUUUGAAUUUGAAAAUUUGGCCUGAGCUUGAUGGUUUCAAAAACAUUUUUCGAUGCCUCCUCGAUAUUUUUAGGAUUUAUUCACAAACUUGUAAAUUUAUCACCUCUCAAGUUAGACCCGAAAAUUUUAGUUUUUCACUGUUCCAAAAAAUUACUAUUUUUUACACUCUUGAAAAUAACUACUGUUUUUCAGGUCGCUGAACAAGUUUGGGUUUGUGACAACCAAGGAAUCACAAAAUGGGAAGGUGACAUUUUCUCGUUCAAACAACAUUUGCGUAACCAAAUUGAUCGAGAUGUCAAAAAUCGUGAAAAGGGAGUUGUUAAAGAGCGUUAA